CACUGUUAAAGAUUACGCCACCGCGACGUUGACGCCGACGCCAACGGCGACUUCGCUGCGGUCCACUUUUUGGUUGGGCUGUUUUUUUUUAUUGUUGGUGGCCGAUUGGCGGUGCCCCAUGCACAGUUCACAGUCAGAUUCAAAUUGAAAACGCUCGUGCGCUGUUCGCGUCCGCUCCGUAUAAACACACACGCAAUUAUUUUUUUUUCUCAUUCAAAUUGUUGUUUGUUGCUGUUUGAUUAAGUGUUGUGCACUUGUUGUCGUUACUGUUAUAUUGUUCUUUACGCCCUAAAAUAAAGAAAGAAAGAAAGAAAGAAAAAAACAGCUGUCGUGAUAAAUUUAUUCCAGCGCAUGAUAAAUAGUUGUGAGCGCCAUCUGUGCAUGAGUAGAAAACCAACAAGUGCAUUUGCGGAUUCUGCGUGUCGCCUCUAUACGCCAAUUCCAUUUGUGUGAGUGAGUGCUUCAAAGUGCGUUCAACCGCAGUCGAAAACGAAUUUUUGAAAAAAUUAAAAUAGAAUUUGACAAAAUAGCAAGAACAGCAAUUAAAGCGAAAAGCUUAAAUACUCAGACACACGCACACAAAAAUACACACACACAUACACACACAACACGCUGCAAAAGUAGAACAAUUCAAAAUAUUUGCACAAAAAUAACGAAAACAGCUGGCAACAAGGCAGCAAAAGCAACAGGUUCCUCAUCCGAAUUUUGAUUUGUCGGCGGCUGCGCAACUAUAUUUGAAGAAGCAGCGACAAAAUGACUGAUUUAAAUGAAAUCAUGGGUUCCCCAUUUGUGCGAGUGAAGGUCGUUGCCUUUGUGCAUUUCUUCUUCAUAUCGAAUGCGAUGCUGGGGUCUUGGGGCCAUGGCGCCUACGAGUUCUACAACUUCCUCUUUAUCAUUGCCUUGUUCUGGACGAUACACAGCAAGGACUCCAUUGAGGCGGUGCAAACGGCGCUUGUGAUCAAUACAUCUAGCAUCUUCUUCGAUAUAGUCAGCAUUAUCAAUAGUUUCGAUUUUAUGAAUGGCUGGGCCAUUGCGUUUAGUAUCAUCAAUUUGGUUCUGCGUCCUGUGAGCGUUGCUCUACUGUAUCGGGAGUUUAACACACGUGGCGGCAGUCUGCAGGGUGUUUCCGUAUUCCCAACCACCCAGCAGCGCAGCUAUCAGGACAUUGAUCGUCCCACGCAGCCGACACCAACCAAUUCGCAGCCGGGACCCAAUGUGGCCAGCAUUUUCUAAUCAACCAGUGCAACUUGUGCAAAUAUCCACAAACAAAAACCCUUCCAAGUACCUUCAUAUAUCCAAACUACAAACAACAACAAAACAAAAACAAAAAGAUUUAAAGGAAACUUAAACUCUACGUGGAGUUCAAAAUUAAAUCUCGAUCAAGUCAAGAAAAUAACUGCAUAAAAUCAUUUUUUUUUCUUUUUUUUUUUGUGUUUUUGUUAUGUUCUAGAUGUUCUAGAUUUAAGUCGAGAUGAGAUAAACAAAGUAUAAAGUUGAACAAAAAAAAACUUAUAGUCAAUGAAGCCAGAAAAUUGCUUUUUUCUUGUUUAGCCAUUGUUUCAGCUAUAUAAACGAUAAAGACAAACAAUAACGAUUAACGUUUACGAUUUGAUCGAUUUUCAAUAUAACGCCUACUACUAUACUAUGUAAUCUUAACAUAUAUAUUUAUAUAUAUUUUAAUAAAAAGAGGGGCGUUUGAUAUUUAUCUGUAA